UCACUUUUUUGUUUCAUCUGGGGCUCUGCUGUUGAACUGAGGUUGAUGGUAGUCGGCAGCAGUGGUCCUUCCCAGUUCCAGCUGACCAAUGCCAUAUUAGGACGCGAGGAGUUCCCUACAGAUGUUAACAGCAUAUCCUGCUCCAGUAAGAAGAAUGGGGAACUGGCUGGGAGGCGUGUAGCUGUGGUCAACGGGCCCAACAUCUAUGAUAAAGACAUAACAGCAGUUAAAAGAGAGAAUGAGCUGAGAAGAUCCAAGUGCCUGUGCAUACCUGGUCCACAUGCCUUUCUGGUUGCUUUUGACAUGGACAAAAUAUCUCCCAAUGACAUGAAAACUGCCAAGUUACUCAAAAAGCGCUUCGGAAGGAACUGUCUGAAGCACUGCAUGGUCCUGCUUGCACAUGAUGGACCACUAGAGGGCGCUGUAAUGGAGGAAAGAGUGAAGAAAGCCAAUUGGUACUUGAGAGAACUUGUGGAGAAAUAUGACGGUCGUUUUCACAUUUUUAACAAGAACUGGCAAGACCGUAGCCGUGAUAGGGAACUACUUCAGAAAAUUGAGUGGAUGGUGGCUUCUUUGGGGGGCGCGUAUUUCUCAAGCAGCGGUUUCCAGAAGGCGGAGGAUGUGAAGAAAGAGGAGAAAAGAUUGAAAAAAAAGAGAACAGCCGAGAUGGAGAGGGUUUGGGCUGAGAUGGGGAAACAGUAUGUCGCAGAAGACUUGUAUCACAAAAGAGAUGCCUACACAACCAGCGUUAGUGCAGAGAUCAGAGCUAGAGCAGAAAUGGACAAUGACUGGCUCAGGAAAUCCUUGGCUCGAGGGCUGGGGACUGGCCUGGUUGUAGGAGCUAUCAUGGGUGCCCUGGUGGGGUCCAUAGAGGGUCCGUGGGGUAUGGUGUUAUAUGGGGUGAUAGGCGGAGCAGUGGGGGGCUCGGCUGGUGGGACAGCUCAGAUAGCAAUAAAACACAUAGAGAACAGAGUGGCACCAACUGCAAGACUGAAUUUCAACUCUAUUUUCAUCAAUCGUUUCUUUGCUGCUCCACGCAACUGAACUUCUUAAUAACUGGACUGAAUAAAUAGCACUAUAAACUUAUGAAAUGUCUGUAAAAGAAGUCAAGCCAGCCAGUU